AUGAAAGCCUUGUUACCUUGGUUGAUUGCAGUGAUUAGCUCAGCUAGUGCGUUAACUACAUCUAAUCCGUGUGACCGGUUUCAAACUGAAUAUGGUUAUAAUUGUAAAUGUACCGAAAUCUAUUGUGAUACUUUGGAUGUACCUGAGCCUGACUUUGGCAACGAAUACGUAUGGAUUACAUCAUCGCAAAACGGAGAACGAUUCUCUUAUAAAAAUGGAAAUUUUUCCACUCGAAAUUCGUCUGAAUCAUUCCACGAAAAAGAGAUUGUUUUAUGGAUUAACCAAAGAAUAAGAUAUGAGAAAUCGAAAAUAGUCGGCUUUGGUGGAGCACUUACUGGAGCUUCUUCAUAUGUUGUGGGAAAAUUCUCAUCGAAUUUGAAGCUAAGUUUUUACGAAAGCUAUUUUUCGAAGAAAAAUGGAAUUGGAUAUAAUAUGUUAAGAGUUCCAAUCGGCGGAUCAGACUUUGAUUUAACCCAAUGGACAUAUGAAAUGGAACCAGAAAAUGAUACGGAUCUUUUGAAUUUCACCAAAUUGGAUGAACGAGACACAAUGCGAAAUGCACAAAUUAAAGAAGCAAAACAAAGUACGGGUAAUGAUGAUGUAAUAAUUUUGGGUGCUACUUGGUCACCACCGCGUUGGAUGAAAGCAAAACAGGAAUGGUAUGGAAAGGUCGAUAAUCAACUGCUGCCCCAAUUCUAUCAAACAUGGGCGAAUUAUCAUGCUAAAUGGUUGAACCUCAUGAAAGAUGAUGGAAUGCCAGUUUGGAGUAUCUCAACCGGUAUGAAGAGAUCAAAUUUGUGGAAUAAAUAAUUAAUUUUGGUCAUUUCACACAAUCUUUUGUCACAGCUAUUAACCAAACAUGUCACUUUUGCAUUCCAACAGGAAACGAACCGCAUUUCGCACGUAAUCAAGUCUAUGGAUUUCCAGCGAUCAGUUGGGAGCUGGGUAACCAAUCCGAAUGGCUCAUAGACAACCUUGUACCAACGCUGAAAAAGUCGGGAAAUUCACAAGUAAAAAUUCAACUGUACGACG